GCUGCGUCAUGACGUCACGCGUACAACCCAGGAAGUAAGAGCGCAUCAAAACAACCGAGAGGACACGCCGCUUUAUUAUGCUCAUUAUACUAAACAGAGUAAGUGAGUCGCUAAACAAAAAGUGUAACGGUGGUAAUGUUUUUCUGUAUCACGAGUCAGUUUGAAGUGGAGAGGAUAAAUUAAUUUAUUUUACGAAAGACGCAAAUCGAGGUUAAGCUAGCUAUUAGCAUCAAGACGAGAUAAAAUGGGAGUAAAAGGUCUUCAGUAUUUCAUGGAGCGCUGGUGUCCAGAGUCUUGCUUGACUGUCAACCUGGGAGACAUGGCCAGACAACAGAUCUCCUCGGACACCACGACUAGUCCCACACUUGUUGUGGAUGGGAUGGCCUGCCUGCGCCACUGGUACACCUGUAAAGACUGGGUGUGUGGGGGUCAAUGGAAGGAGUACAUGAGCAUCCUGAGAAGCUGGAUAGAGAGGUUUACUACUGCAGGAAUAAAACUGGUCUUCUUCUUCGAUGGUGUGGUUGAGGAAAAGAAGAGACAUGAAUGGGUGAAGCGGAGACGAAGAGUGAAUGGGGAGGUGUGUAAAGUAUUUUGUUACAUUAAGUUACACGGAGAACAACCGGGAAGAAAUCUCUUCUGUCUGCCUUCUGGCUUGGCAACGUUCACACGCUUUGCCCUCAGGUCAUUAGGGCAAGAAGUGUUCAGCUCAGUGCAAGAAGCUGACUAUGAAAUUGCCUCUUACGCUCGUCGCCAUGGCUGCAUGGGCAUUUUGGGACAGGACUCGGACUUUAUCAUAUUUGACAGUGCUCCUUACUUGUCGGUGGCGAAACUGCACUUAGACAGCCUCACCACUGUCCUAUACGACCGGCAGAGGCUUUGCCAAGCCAUUGGGUUGUAUGUUAGCCAGUUACCGCUACUGGCCUGUCUCCUGGGUAACGAUGUAGUGCCAGAGGAGAGGAUGCAGACUAUCCGGAACAAUGCUAUGGCAGCAUACAGAAAGAAAUGUGCCACUGCACCCCAGGACCAGAUAGUUUUGGCUGUAUCCAUGCUUGUCAGCUCUUUGUGUGACGCAGAGGAGAACGAGACUGGGCUUGUCCCUCAGUCUCUGACCCGGUCCACUGCAGACAGAUGCCUACUGGAAAAGGGGAUUUGCUCCUAUUUGCUACCUAUACAGGAAACUUCUGAGCAGGAUGAUGCACCUUUUCUCUCCUCUGGCCAUGCAUUUGAGAAAUAUGUCAAUCCAGAAAUAUUAAAGGCAUGUAGAGAACAACAUAGGUCUGCACAGAGUUUCAUGGUUUACAAUGUUCUGUGUAAUGGACUGAUUGAAUGUAGCAACAGUUUGGAGGAUGAGGAAGAGGAUGAACUACUACCUCAAGCUGUGGUCUAUAAGACCUGCAGACAACACAUCUAUAGUCUGCUACUGCUUAGCAGGGCUAAUGACAGCGAAAGCGAGGAACUUCCAGCCAUCAGAGAAUGGUUUGUCUACCCAGGCAACCCUUUGAAAGAGCCCCAAAUGGUUCAGCCCAUCCUCGCCAGCUUUCCAUGUGAACGACCCAGUCUGGACGUUCUCUGGUUCGGUUCUGGACCUGACGUUUCCACUCUUCGUCUAACAAGCUUCUUUUCGAUAUUCAACUGCCAGGAGGUUGCUGAGUUGCAUGGAGCCAUCGAAGACUUUUUGCUCGCUGCUCUUUGUCUGGUUAUCUACAUUGCCCUCCAGGUACCAUCUUUAUGUUCAGAGGACGUGGAUGCGUACCUGAGUCAGGCUGUUUGUCUCAGCUUUAAAUCUCCACAAGAGCUUCAACAGAUCAAGCUGCCAUUCCUCUGCAGUCGCGCGGUCCAGCUGGGCUCUCUGUACGUCCGAGGACUGAGCCACCUCCUGGGAGCCAACUGUGCCAGCGGCUGCCCGCUGCCCAACACCGCUCUCAUGCCUUGGCAUAGCUUUGACGGCCGGCUCUUUCACUCCAAGUACCUGUUGGCUCAUAGCGCCGCUAAGGAAAAUGUGCUGCUAGACAACAAUCAGCCCAGUCUGUCUUUGUUUAUCCAACUGAGAGAGAAACUCGUACAAGUUUGCACAAAGAGAAGCAGAGUCUUGCAGUCUCGACCCAGACCCACAGUGCUAGAUCAAAGUCAAAGAACACGAUACAGAGACGAACACAAAGCUCGUAUUUCAGGUGUUGAUGACAACUGGCGAGAGCGAGGAGAAGCAACAGCAGGAGGAUGGAGGGAAAGUGGACAUUUAAGUAGUGAAAACAGCAGAGAGACAGUGCAGCAGAGACCAGGACACAGAAGAGGAGGAAGAGGUCAAUAUUUUCACUCUCACUUUCAUCCUCCCACAAUCCAUGUGAACACGAGAUCUCGGCCUGAGCAGACGUACAGCGGAUGGCGUCACAGCAGGGGGAGAUACCAGCUGGCACCCAGAUGGGGUCAUCCUCCUGCUCCUGAGACAUUAGCCCACCCUGCCAGAGAGAGGAGAGGAGCAGAGGAUUAGAAGCACAGGACUUGAGGAGUUAAGAGGUUAGGAAAGAGCUGAUAAAAGGAGUGAUGGAAUCAAGUUUCUCUGAACAAACUGAGUAGUGAAUUUGCAGUCAAGAAUGUUUGUCCAAAGGAUAUUCUAGGUAAAAAAAUAGAGGGGAUUAAGAAGAGAUUAAGAACUUUGAAACCAAACAUUUUUCAAUUUGGACACGUUUUUUUUUUCUUAAGAGAAAGUCUUGUGUGGUAUUUUGAACUCUACUGACAAACAAACAUAAACACCACUUCAAAGGUGAACUAAGAAGAUGCUUAAUAUCUAAUCAUCUAACCCAAAGAAGUAAAAAUCAAGCCCAUAGGCCACAUCUGGCCCGCCACAUCCUUUCAUGUGGCCCACAAUAAUCUUAACCCUAACCCUAUCCUUAAUAAUUGUUUGCUAAAAUUUGAUACAAUUUUGACUGAAAAACAUUGCACCGCAUUGAUUGAUUGAUUGAAACUUUUAUUAGUAGAUUGCACAGUUUAGUACAUAUUCCGUGCAAUUCACCACUAAAUGGUAACACCCGAAUAAGUUUUUCAACUUGUUUAAGUCGGGGUCCACGUUAAUCAAUUCAUGGUACAAAUAUAUACUAUCAACAUAAUACAGUCAUCACACAAGUUAACCAUCAUAGUAUAUACAUUGAAUUAUUUACAUUAUUUACAAUCCGGGGGGUGGCAUGAGGAGUUUUGGUUGAUAUCAGUACUUCAUGUGAGACUUGCGGGGCAUAACGAUGCCGGAUUCGUUCUUCCGAGGAUGCGUCGAGCAAGAACACAGCGUAAGGUAAGAAAUAAGUAUUUAUUAAACUAAUAAAACAGGCUAGAAUAAAAACACUGGUGCUAGGCAGAUAAGGCAAACAAAUGGCGCUAGCAUGGGAGCUAAGGAAAUAAACAGACACACUAACACUUGGCACGAAAAGGGAAAACAAAACAAUUAGCAUGAGAGCUAGGAAUAAACAAAAACGCAGCGCGGUAGCUAGCGAGUACAAACUUGGAAAGCAAGUCGUCAUCUGUUGCGUGAAAGCCAUUUAGGAUCCGAGGAUGAACUAACAAAAGGGGCAAGCUUAAAUAAGGCAGGUGAUUAGCAAAACAGGUGUGUGUCGAAAACAAGGGAGCAGGUGGAACAAAUAAGCAACCAUGGUGACAGAGCAAACAGGAAAUAAGGAAGUCAAACCAAAUAAUGUGAAAAAAGGAACAAGGCUACAAAAUGUGAUGAUCCGACCAUCGGAUCAUAACACUUCAGUCAUCAACAAUUGCAUCAACAGAGAAUGGACAUUGAAACAGUGUGGUUCUUACUUAGUAGGAUAAGUACAGCCAGGAGAGAACAUAGUGAGUUCAGAUAGCAUAAGAACAAGUAUAUACAUUAGAAAUACAUUUGAUUGUUUACAAUCCGGGGAGAUGGGAUCUGAAUGGAGGAGGGUAUUAGUAAAGGGCUGAAGUUGCUAGGAGGUGUUGUUUUAGAGCGGUUUUGAAGGAGGAUAGAGAUGCACUUACUUUUACACCUGUUGGGAGUGCAUUCCACAUUGAUGUGGCAUAGAGAGCGAAUGAGUUAAGACCUUUGUUAGAUCGGAAUCUGGGUUUAACGUGGUUUGUGGAGCUCCCCCUGGUGUUGUGGUUAUGGCGGUCAUUUACGUUAAGGAAGUAGUUUGACAUGUACUUCAGUAUCAGCGAGUUGUAGCAGAUUUCAUAGACUAGGCUGCGUGCAAGUUGUUUGACUCUGUCCUCCACGAUGAGCCAGCCCACUUUUGAGAAGUGGGUUGGAGUGAGGUGUGAAAUGGGGUGGAGGUCUAAAAGUAACCGGGCUAGCUUGUUCUGGGAUGUUUGGAGUCUAGAUUUCAGGGUUUUGGAGGUGCUGGGGUACCAGUAGGUGCAAGCGUAAUCGAAAAAGGGUUUAAUGAGAGUUCCCGCUAGAAUCUUCAAGGUGCUUUUGUUGACCAGAGAGGAGAUUCUGUAGAGGAAUCUCGUUCUUUGUUUGACCUUUUUGAUUACCUUGAAUGGCAUUUUAUCACAGGAAAGAUUGGCCUCUAGAAUGGAACCUAGGUAUGUGAUCUCAUCUUUCCUUGUGAUAACAAUGUCACCCACUUUUAUAGUGAAGUCACUGACUUUCAAUCAAUCAAUCAAUCAAAGAUUAUUUAUAUAGCCCUAAAUCAAUAGUGUCUCAAAGGGCUGUACAAACCACAACAACAUCCUCGGUAGAGCCCACACAAGGGCAAGGAAAACUCACACCCAGUGGGACUCACACCCAGUGGGACUCACACCCAGUGGGACGUCGGUGACAAUGAUGACUAUGAGAAACCUUGGAGAGGACCGUAUAUGUGGGCAACCCCCCCACCCCCUCUAGGGGAACCGAAAGCAAUGGAUGUCGAGCGGGUCUAACAUGAUACUGUGAAAGGUCAAUCCAUAGUGGAUCCAACACAACCGUGAGAGUCCAGUCCAAAGUGGAUCCAACACCGCAUGACUUUCUUAAGGUUGAAUUGGGACCCAAAUAGAAUGGAGUCUGUUUAACCUAAGUGUAUGGAUAGCUUGUUGUCAUGCAACUGCAGUUCUUCCUAACUCAAUAUUAUUUAAUUCAAAACGCAGUUCUGAGCAUUUUUGUCAUUAAAAGCUUCUUUGAAAUAAAUUGUACAAUAGCUGAACUUAAA